CCCUUGCUCUUCUUCACCAUGGACUUCCACCCCGUGCUUGUAGCCCCCCAGAGCCAAAGACCCCCCAGACCACAGACGCCCCGACGCAGCGUAUAGCAGUAACUCCCCAGCUCGGUUUCUGUGCCGUAGUUUACAGUAUUUAAUUUUAUAUAAUAUAUAUUAUUUAUUAGAGUAUUUUGAUACCUCAUCUUCUGUUUACACAUCCUCCAAGCCGCGCAGUAAUUCUCGUACAUUCAUUUAAAAACAAAAGCCACUACGACUCUUGAGAAUGGCAUCUACCGUGGCCACGCUGAUUACCAGCACUGUUGCUGCUACCGCCACUGUCGCUGCUACCGCCGCUUCUGGUCGGUUGGUGGACUACCUAUGGAUGCUGAUCCUGGGCUUCAUCAUUGCCUUUAUCUUGGCCUUCUCCGUGGGGGCCAAUGAUGUAGCAAAUUCGUUUGGUACCGCUGUGGGCUCGGGUGUAGUGACCCUGAAGCAAGCCUGCAUCCUAGCUAGUGUCUUCGAAACCGUGGGCUCCGUCUUACUGGGGGCUAAAGUGAGUGAAACCAUCCGGAAGGGCUUGAUCGAUGUGGAGAUGUACAACACCACCCAGCACCUGCUGAUGGCCGGCUCGGUCAGCUCUAUGUUUGGUUCAGCUGUGUGGCAGCUGGUGGCUUCCUUUUUGAAGCUUCCCAUUUCUGGUACCCAUUGUAUCGUCGGUGCGACCAUCGGCUUCUCCCUGGUGGCAAAGGGGCAGGAGGGUGUCAAGUGGUCCGAACUGAUAAAAAUCGUGCUGUCUUGGUUUAUCUCUCCGCUGCUUUCUGGUAUUAUGUCUGGAAUCUUAUUCUUCCUUGUUCGUGCAUUCAUCCUCCGUAAGGCAGAUCCCGUUCCGAAUGGUUUGAGAGGGUUGCCAAUUUUCUAUGCCUGCACAAUUGGAGUAAAUCUCUUUUCCAUCAUGUAUACUGGAGCACCUUUGCUGGGCUUUGACAAACUUCCUCUGUGGGGCACCAUCCUCAUCUCGGUGGGAUGUGCAGUGUUCUGUGCCCUUAUCGUCUGGUUCUUUGUAUGUCCCAGGAUGAAGAGAAAAAUUGAACGAGAAAUAAAGUCCAGUCCUUCUGAAAGUCCCUUGAUGGAGAAAAAGAACAGUUUGAAAGAAGACCAUGAGGAGACCAAGAUGUCUUUUGGUGACAUUGAAAGUCGGGGCUCUGUUUCUGACGUCAGCCCUGCCGCUGUGCCCCUCCGGGCUGUGGUGGAGGAGAGGGCUGUCUCAUUCAAGCUGGGGGACUUGGAGGAAGCUCCCGAGCGAGAGAAGCUUCCCAGCAUGGACCUGAGAGAGGAAAUCAGCAUAGACAGUGCCAUAAAUGGUGCCAUGCAGUUGCCUAAUGGAAACCUUGUUCAGUUUAACCAAGCAGUCAGCAACCAGAUAAACUCCAGUGGCCACUACCAGUAUCACACCGUGCAUAAAGAUUCUGGCCUGUACAAAGAGCUCCUCCACAAAUUACAUCUUGCCAAAGUGGGGGACUGCAUGGGAGACUCUGGUGACAAACCUCUGAGGCGCAACAAUAGCUAUACUUCCUACACUAUGGCAAUUUGUGGCAUGCCUCUGGAUUCAUUUCGUGCCAAAGAGGGUGAGCAAAAAGCUGAAGAAAUGGAGAAGCUGACGUGGCCUAAUGCAGACACUAAGAAACGGAUUCGCAUGGAUAGUUACACCAGCUAUUGCAAUGCUGUGUCUGAUAUCCACUCGGCCUCCGAGAUGGAUGUGAGUGUCAAGGAAGAGAUGUCUCUGGGUGACAGAAAAGGAAGUAGGGGCUCUCUAGAAGAAGAAUGGUACGACCAGGAUAAACCCGAAGUGUCUCUCCUCUUCCAAUUUCUCCAGAUCCUCACGGCCUGCUUUGGGUCAUUUGCCCAUGGUGGCAAUGAUGUCAGCAAUGCCAUUGGUCCUCUGGUUGCUUUAUAUCUGGUUUAUGAGACGGGAGAUGUUUCUUCAAAAGCUGCAACACCAAUAUGGCUUCUCCUCUAUGGUGGUGUUGGCAUCUGUAUUGGCCUGUGGGUCUGGGGAAGGAGAGUUAUCCAGACCAUGGGGAAAGAUCUGACUCCAAUCACCCCUUCUAGUGGCUUCAGUAUUGAACUGGCAUCUGCCCUUACUGUGGUAAUCGCAUCAAAUAUUGGCCUUCCCAUCAGUACAACACAUUGUAAAGUGGGCUCUGUUGUAUCCGUUGGCUGGCUCCGAUCUAAGAAGGCUGUUGAUUGGCGACUCUUCCGCAACAUCUUCAUGGCCUGGUUUGUCACAGUCCCCAUUUCCGGAGUGAUCAGCGCUGCAAUCAUGGCGGUCUUCAGAUACGCCCUCUAGAGCGAGAAGCUGUUUGGGAUGGGCCACCUUGCCCAUCCCUGCGCCCUUGGAGAAUGACUACAGUGUUACAGGAGAGUCCUUCAAGUGUGGGAGCCGGGGGAGGGAAGUGUUAUUUGUGCUAUAAUUGCUUUUGUGCUAAAUAUGACUUGUCUCAAAAUUAGCUUUGUAAAAUAGCCAGAUUUCCUCUGGUUCCUAACAAAGUCCCUUUCCCUCUGGGCUGUGAAUUCCUGUACAUAUUUCUCUACUUUUUGUAUCAGGCUUCAAUUCCAUUAUGUUUUAAUGUUAAAAAAAAAAAAGUAAGAAAUCACAGCUUAUCUGCAGAGACAACCUCCAUUCAGAGCCAAUUGACAGGCGUGUGCUCUGCUUUGAUUUCACCAGCUUAUGCCCGACCACGCACAGGGAUUGACCAUCAUAAAAUUACACCGAAGCUCCCUUGUAGUCUCAUAGAAAUAGAGUCAUAUGCACUCUGCCCUCCUGUCAGAGUAGUGCUGGGUUCUCUUGACAUACGGGCGGACCUUCCUGGAGGGAUGAGAGUCUUUGGAAGCAUUGAACAUUUAAGUUCGUAGUAACUUCUUUGAAAGCAUUUUAAUGACUUGUUGCUAAGAAGUAGGAAGAAAAUAUCUCCCAGGAAUCUUGGUUAUUUCUUCUAAGAUUUCUGGCUGUGUGGGAUGGAUGAAUGAAGUGGAAUGUAAAUUUGGGCAAGUUAAACGGGACAGCCUUCCAUGGUCAUCUGUCUACCUCUUAACUGAAUAAAAACCUACAGUUUUUAGAAAACGUU